AUGAAUCAAAGCACGACGCAGGUUGAAGGACUCCCAGAGUUCUCUCGCCAUAUCACAACGCAUAACGCCGAGGGCGUGGCAAUCUUUCAGACACCGAACCCUGAUGAUCUGUCAGCAGCAGCAAUCUCUUGUCCCGCUCCGCCCAUAUCGACCUUUCCGACAUGGACGAAUUUUCCCAUGUCGGCAUUUGGUCUGGCAUACGCAACGCCGACCAUUCCCGCCGACUUCGACGCCAAUGCAGACCUAGAUGCAUAUUACCAGUACCUACAUCAUCACCCUGGAAUCACGGUCAAAGGCGGAUCUGUCCUCCGGGUCGUCGACAUGGCGCCCGGGGCGGUGUCCCCGAUGCAUCGCUCAGCCUCUUUAGACUACGGAGUGGUGCUAGAGGGUGAGGUGGACUUGGAGCUGGACUCGGGGGAGAAGAGACGACUGCCACGAGGGGACAUCUUUGUCCAGCGUGGAACAGCGCAUCAAUGGACGAAUCCGAGCGAAUCGCAACCGGCGAGGCUGUUGCUGGUGCAUCUUGAUAGCAAGCAGGUUACGAUGGAGGGGAAGGGGGCUUUGCCUGAGUUCAUAGCUUGA